CGUGACCCGGAAGUGUUUCUUUAAUGUUUGUCAGGAUGUCUAUGAUUUUAUACGCCUGUCGUAGUACAGAAAAUAUUUUAAAAAUAUAUAUGUAACAUACAAUCUCAUAUAAGUAUCUCGUCACAUAUUAGAGAGCUUUGGUGUUCUGCAAAAAUGGUAUGCCUUUCGACUGAACAGUAUUUCCUUCUUGGUUUUCAUUUUGUGCUCGUUUUUGGAGGAAACUGCGGUCCGGCAGAAUAUACAACAAGUGAUGGACAGUGCUGCCCAUUGUGUGGUAUAGGUUUGGUUGUCCGCAAGGAUUGUACAUCGAGCACCAGCACAUCCUGCAUCCCCUGUGUCAGAAGGACUUACAUGAACGUGGCCAAUGGUCUUCACACAUGCUUUCCCUGCAGGCCCUGUGACCCAGGACAAGGCCUGUUCACUCGGACAGAGUGUACAACCACCGAAAACACCAUCUGUGAUGUUCUAGAUGGAUUCUACUGUAUAGGGUACUCCGCCAACUCUGAGUGCAACUUUGCAGUAGAACAUACACUUUGUGUCCCAGGCCAGAGGACCAAAGCACCUGUAUCUCACAAAAGAACAAAGAGUGCAGAUACGGUGUGUGAGGACUGUCCACUGGGCUUUUACUCUCAACACGGGGUUAACUGCACGGCUUGGACAGAUUGUGCCGCAGCAGGACAAGUCAAGACUGAAGAUGGGACUUCUACACAAGAUGUUAUCUGUGAAGUGCCUGGAAGGAGUCAUAUGUUUUUAGUACCACCAUUUGUGUUAACAACAUUAGCUACACUUUUCUGUUUUUACCUGGCAAGAGUUAAACAUAAGAAAGGUCAGUCUUCAAUUAUUUUCAAUAAUACUUUUCUCACCAUGUUGGGUUGCUUUCCUUUUACUAAUAUAACUCCUCCUACAGAACCGUCAGAGAAACCUCGGGAUGUGAUUGCUGUACAAGAAACUAAUCAUGAACCAGUCACCAGUUACUGGUACGACAUCUAUUUUAAUUCAAUAUUUCCGACCAUUCUAGUUAAACAAUUCAGAUGAAUUAAUUUGUUUGCCAUCUUCUUCCGCUUAUCCGGGGCCGGGUCGCGGGGGCAGCAGUCUAAGCAGGGAUGCCCAGACUUCCCUCUCC